GCUUAUUAAUAACGGUUUGGGUACGCGCAUAUUCUGUUAAAAUGGGUUCUUAUAGAGGAAUAAUUUCUAACAAGCAGCUGAAAUGUUUCAUUAAACUUAUGACAACAUGUGUCAUUCUCUUUUAUCUAUGGAACAUUUAUAGCAAGUGCACGUGUUCUGUUGGGAAGCGCAUGUAUCAAACUGGCAAAAGCUUUGAUAUUCGCCCAGAAGACGUAUCAGUUACCGACGUGAACGGAUACUCGGACAUUCAGGGCGUCUCUGGACCAGUUGACCUUGUUGUGACAUGGGUGAAUGGGUCUGACCAAUCAUUUAUCGACGAAAUGUCAAGGCUGAACAUAAGUAGACACAAACAUUUCACUCUAAAACGGUACCGAGAUUGGGGCAUACUACGCUAUGCUUUACGAUCUGUGGAGAAAUAUGCCAACUGGUUUCGCCACGUGUACAUAGUAACAAAUGGCCAAGUUCCAAGCUGGCUAAAUCUUAAGUACCACAGAGUUUCGAUAGUGCAACAUUCGGACAUUUUCAAAAACAAAAGCCACCUUCCAACGUUUAAUUCCUUGGCUAUAGAAGCCCACAUUCACCGCAUUCCUGGUUUAUCAAAACAUUUUGUGUACAUGAAUGAUGACUUUUUCUUUUUGAACAAAGUGGAACUAGAUGACUUUUACACCAAUGAAACCGGCUUCAAACUAAGGUUUAAUGAAAUGAAAAUAUCCGAGUGUUCAAAGAAAUGCACAUACCCCAGCCUUAACAACGGCAUAUGUGACACAGAAUGUAAUAAAAGCAAGUGUGACUGGGACGGCGGCGAUUGUAACAUAUCUGGCAGCAACACCAGGCAAUCCUUUGACAAUAUUCUAAACCGAUUGCCGCCUUUCUCUGGAGCUGUUGUAUAUACGAUGCUUAUAUAUAACAAGGAAUUUGGUUCUGUGUAUGGAAAGAUUCCAGCACAUGUACCCUACAUAAUAGAUAAAACUCUAAUGAAUGAACUACAGAACAGACUUCCUGAGGAAUGGGACAGAACUUCGGCCUCUAAAAUUCGUACCCAACACUGCUUCCUUUAUGCAUUUGCGUAUUAUCAUUAUUUGAUGAGACAUCAAAGGCGAAAGCCAGGAGACAUAACAAUCGCGACGACAAUUGAGAAUCACGAUGAUUACUCGUACUCCGCUACAGGUAAUGCAACAGGACUGGACAAUGCUUUACGCAUCCUUUUACGUAACAAAAAGAAAAAGUUUGGUUGUAUAAAUGAUCACAUGACGUUAGACAACAAGGAAGAAGAAGCUCGCGCUCAACCAGUAUUAGAUAAUUUUUUUCGCAGACUGUUUCCGAAACCGUCACGGUUCGAAGUGACUUGAUUUGUCUUGGUGUGGAAAACGUUCUUUUAAUACAUUUUAUGGACAUUGAAUCUCAUGUGUUAGUGGUGGAGAAAACCUUAAGUGUUACCUUAAUAACCUUACGAUGACUUUAUUAGUUGAAAAUGUGAAAUUUGCGAUGUAUAAUAAGUUAAUUAAAUCAUAUUAUUAAUGAAAGUUUCAGUUAUAAUUCUAGUAAAUCCAAUUUGAUAUCAAGUUCAUUGCAUUUUUGAAAAUAUAAGAACCAGAAAGUUGUCAGGAUAUGUAUAUAAGACGUUUGUAAAACGACUUUAAAAGCAUUAUGUCUUACAAAAUAUAUUAAAUGAUAAUAAUUCGUAGUCCACA